GCUUUGUUCGAGCGACGCCCAUUCAAAUAAUUUCAAACCAAUGGGACUAUCCCCCGCUCCUCCGUAACCAAACCCACUCUCUCUCAGUCGGUCGGCGCCCGGAGCUGCCUGCCUGCCACUGCCCUCACCUUCCUGUGCGUCCCGGCGUUUUAAAACCCCAAACCCCGCACUGAGGAAGACUACACACUACGCACAUGUGAGAUUUUUUUUUUUCCUUGCUGCGCGUCGCACGAUGGUUUAUAUAUGAGGAGGAGACUUUGGGAUGCGGACAAACGCAAGUGUCUCAGCGGAGAGAAGCGCAUGAGAGAGCAAGCGUUCACGCACACUGGGCUGUCUGUCUCCUUCCACACAUAGAAGGACUCCUCCCCACCUCGACUGUGACACCCCCGGUAAAUCGCUGAGAAAGGAUAACAUUCUUUUUCCCCCCCUAUUAUUCCACGUGAAGGCUGAGAGUGAGGCUGCCUACCCCUGCCACUGACUGUCUGAUUGUAUGGCUUUGAAAAGUUGCCUGGAGAACAUGAACAUCUGACGUGCGCCACACGGCGUCACUGGACACAUUGGGCCUCUCUCACCCUCGCUCAUUCCUCCACCACAUCUUUGGACCGCUUCACCUCCUGCGCUUUGGCUCUGGAGCGAGAAGAAGUGAUCGUCACUUGUCAUUCGUCCUGACUGAGGCUACACCAGUGGCCGCGCCACAGACGACUCUGCCUGUUGUGCUGCCCCUUCAUAUGCGCUCCGAUCUCUCUGCCGGCGCAGUAGAGAAUAUUUAUUUUCCUUCUCAUCACCACGAAUGUGUCCGGGCAGACAUCCUGCAUGAAAUAAAGCCCAUGUUUCAGCCAGAUCCUGCGGCUUCUCGAGCUGUCCGUCACCGUAAACAAGUGUCAUCUCCAGCCUCCCUUUGAAUGGUCACGUUUUUGCUGCCAUUCUCGUGGUGAAUAAUUCCGUGCGCAUUUUUUUCUUUUAACAUUGUUUUAAUAUUCUGCAGCGCUUACAAACAGCACCAGCAACACAACCCACAUGUGAACCAGACUCUUCACCUGUCCCGGUGAAAGCGCUCGCACAACUCGACUGCACUGAACCACGAUACCCAGGAGGAAUACGUGCCGAAGUUUUACCGUAGUGAUGUCGCAUGUGGAAAUGGUCCUUUUUCUCUGCCUGGUGGUGUUGAUGUGUGUUUUCAGCCAGGAGCCCAGCUCCAAAGUGGUGGCAGACCGCUACGCCGUCUUCUGGAACCGGACCAACACCAAGUUCCAUCGCGGAGACUACCAUAUCGACGUGUGCAUAAAUGACUACCUGGACGUGUACUGUCCACACUACGAAGACACAGUUCCCGAGGAGCGGACAGAGCGCUACGUGCUCUACAUGGUCAACUACGAUGGCUACAGCACAUGCGAUCACACCGCCAAGGGCUUCAAGCGCUGGGAAUGCAACAGGCCACACUCCCCGAAUGGGCCACUAAAGUUUUCAGAGAAGUUCCAGCUCUUCACUCCAUUCUCCUUGGGAUUUGAAUUCAGACCGGGCAGAGAAUACUACUACAUCUCCUCCACCAUCGCUGAGAACGGCAGGAAAACAUGCCUCAAGCUCAAAGUUUUCGUCCGACCAUCAAACAGCUGUGUGAAAACUAUAGGUGUACAUGACCGUGUUUUUGAUGUAAACGACAAAGUAGACAAUACAUUAGAACCACGAGACGAUACCAGCCAUGAACCAGCCGAGCCUUCUCGAAGCGAAACAAAUGCUGCACCACACCUGCAGAAAACAAGUCCGCUCCUGGCUUUGACGCUGCUCUCCGUAGCUGCACUCUUCACGUUAUAGCGCCUCCCUCUGUCCUGGAAGGCAUUAACACCUAGUGUGGCCUGAAUAUGCCCAUGGCUGCAGGGAAGGGGGUGGGCUUUGAGUGCAGCAGGUUUGCUUGUUUGGGCAUCAGAGCAGGCUUCUCAAGGAACCCUCUAUAUUUUUCAAGGAAAUAUUUAAGUGGUCUUUCUUUGUCUAUGAGUGAUAAAAGUUGAUGUUGGACGGGAGAAAACCUGUCCCCCAUCCUAGACCUUCAACCAAGAUGCCAAAUCUCCUUUUUUUGACACGUAGUGAUUCUUAUUUUCCCGUGACUUGACAUCCCUUUACAUCACAUCUGUGUCACUGCAGUGACCAUGUUUACCUUUCCUCCCAAACACAUUAAUACUGCAUACAGGGUUUUUACUAAAUUUUGAGGAGUAGCAGCAUUACACAGUUGAAAAAGUGAAGAUUCUGGGAUUUUGAAAUCUAUUAUGUUCAAGUAGUUUUCCCGAGACCUCUCAAGAACUCUGGCUGAAUGUGUUUCUGUUGACAUUAUGUCGCAUCGUGAAAAAAAAAAAAAAAAAAGAUUUGCCUCCGCCUUUCUGCAAAAAAAAAAAAAAAAAAAAAACCUAAAGAAAAAAUUAUGAAAAGAAAGAGUUGUUUUAAUUUUAAUGUUGAGUCUGGGAAACACCACACUGAGAAUACUAAUAAAAAAAACAAGCAACAUGCACCUUAACCCACUAAUCUUUAGACUGCGUGGUUUGGAAUUAGUGCUGAAUUAUUUCCCUCGUGUCGCUUCUGUGUGUUUAUGUGAAUGUGUCACUCAGAGAUUCAGUGAGUGAGUUCAAAGCCUAUUUUUCCUUGUCCUUUGUUUAGUGUGUAAUCAGUGAAAACAGCUUUUGAAUUGUCGGAGCGUCUGACUCACAGAGCAACCAAAUUGAAACUUUCUCACCAGAUAUUUUUCGGAAUGUCAUUAAGAGCAGGGAUCGAUACCUUUUGAAAGCUAGUCACACAAUUUCAGGGCAGACAGACGACCACAGUCGUCCUGUUCUGUGCUCACUGAGCUGAGCAGCGAUUGUUGUCUGUUCCGUCUGAGUAAAAGUCAAUAUCACUAUUCGCCACCAACAUUUGCAUCUGCAGUAUUUUUCCUCCACCAGUGUUUGCUGAAAUGACUGUUUAAGAAUCAGUCCCUGCUAAAAAUGAGUGCAGCAUUUCAUUUUGUCUACAAUCUUUCAUACCACAGGCAACCAAACACUGAUUUUGCCCUACGUAUUCCAGCCAUACUCGUUUUAAACAAUUGUUAGUUUUUUUUCUUCUUUCUAUUUAACGCAUCAUAGCAUCAAGAAAAGAGAAGCCACUAAAACAAAAGCAAUAUUCAGCUCUCUGUGUCUGACAGGUUUAGUUUAGCACUUAUUUUUAAAAAGAUUUUAAACUUUGUGGUUAUGUUCUGCCACUUUAAUCCCACACAGAUACACAUGGUGAUCAAAGUCAAGUCAGGCUUAUGUGUUUCACGUUCAAAUGUUUCAUUAAUUUCAAAGAAAUACGACCAGAAGAAAAAAAAAAUCUCUAAAACUGCCUUACUUUCACAGAAUAGUUUUGUACGUCAAACAGGCACAGAUUGGGUUUUAAGAACCAGAGGAAGAGCAGUGCAGGCGCAGUUGCUGUUCCGGCCUCGGCUCCUAGUGUUACUGGUUUUGGUAACUUCUUAAUGAGGUUCAAAAUGAAAAGGCGUGUGGACCCCAUGUUGCAGCAAGAGGGAGUUAUAGCUGGUAUUAAAAAUAGAUGCUGAAGGCUUGGGGGGUCUCGGGAGCAGGGUGUAGGUUUCCACAGCAAGGGUGGGGGUUGGGGUUCAAGCAACACUGACCUUGCAGUUGUAUGGAAAUGGUGAACAGGGGACACGGAGAGAACUAGGGAGACGCACAUGAUGGAGAAAGACACGGGAGGUAGCCAAAGUUAGUGUGACUGGAGUGCCUAACAAAACAAGAGUAAAAAAUUCACACAACACUACUUGAAGAAAACAGCUGAUUCAUCGAUAAACAUACUGUUUACUGUUACCAUUUGGUCUUAAAAGGCACGCACUGUUUUUUUUUUUUCUUUUUCUGUUUCGUUCUCAUUUUUGUGGCUGCCUUUUAUGCUGUUUUCAUUUUUCCCUAGAAAAACUGCCUUUGCCUUUUGACUUUUUUUUUUUUUUUUUUUUUUGCUUUGCUAUGGUAACAAUGCUAUUACAGUGGAAAUAGCAGCUCAGCUAUGGGGGGUAUAAAGGAGACCAGGCCAUUGAAUGAGGUACUUAUUUUCAGGAUAACGCCACAAGGAAUGAGAACUGUCUAAGAAUCAAAAUGAAUGCUCGUCAGCAGAAGAACCAUAGUUUGUUUGUGUUUAAUCAAAAACCAGCUUCGACUGUAAUCUCUUAUAGUUACCAAUACUAAUAUUUGUCAUUAUCAAUAUUACUACCAUGGAUAAUUCUGUACACACCUUAACUUGGGAAAUGAGGAUCAACUUAUAAACUGGAUACUGUGUAUCCUGAGGUAGUCAAACCAUAAAACGAUGAAGUGUUAGGUUAGUAUCUGUUUUGUAUCUUUCUGGAGGACAAAAGAAAAGGAGAAACACUAUUGUUAAAACAGUAUAAUUAUUAUGAUUGUUAUGAUGAUGAUUACUGACUAUUAUCAUUAUUAUUAUUAUUAUUAUUAUUAUGAAAACUUCUUGAUGUACAUAGUGUUUGAUAUUAAAGUAUUAAUUUGGUUCUUAUGUCUUUUCUAAAAGUGAACACGGUAUCAUCUCUGGGUUUUGCGGAGUGUGUACUGUUCUUGAGAAACGCAUUGUGUGCUUUGAUCCUCAAUGCCUAACGAAACUUUGAGCUAACACAAGGGGGAAAAACCUGCGGGACCUGUACAUACCUUGUAUGUGUACAGGAGGCUGGACUUUAGCCAACAAGUGGCUCACUUGUUACAUGUUUCAAACCAGUCACCGACCCACCCACCAUCUCCUCACAUUAGGAUCCUGACGUGGAAAGGAACACUUGAGACUCAACGGACGGCCUGUUUGAACCGUUUUCUGCCUUUGGUGUUUGAGAGCAUGUUGGUCAACUUCAAAAUGAUACGCUACGGAGCGGACUGUCGGCUUUUUUUGAACUGCAGGAUCUCGCGGUUUCAUUAUGUGGCAUGCGCAUGGACUUGAUGACGUAAAAAAAAAAAUGGAGAAAAAAAUGCUAAAAAAAGUUUUAAAAAGUAUAUUUGAUUUUUGCUCUCUUGCUUUUUUUUUCUCUUUCAGCUGUACUAGAUUUUCUGACCACUUUCAUGUUCGUGUGUUUUCUGCAUCCCCAUUUGAGUGACGUCAUUGAGCUGUGUAGUGACAGAUAACAAAUGUACAUAACACAAAGCAUUGUCGUGAAGUUACAGUAGGGUCAGGAAGCUUUUGUAGUUUCAAAGGAAUUAGUUUGUUUCCUAAAAGGACUGUGUCUGUACUCAUCUGUACAGUCCACUCUAUAUAGUUCCAGUCUGUCCCUGUGACUGUCCGUCCUCCCUCUGCCAGCCCAAGGCACUGGGAGUGUGUAUACAUCUAAGUGUGGAUGUGUUUUUUUUUACUUUAAAAAAAUGUGAGACUUUUGUGUGUGUGUGUUCCUCAUUUGCUGUUGCCACAGUGAAUGGGAAAUGGCAAUCCUCUUUGGCAACAGAGAGUUUCCCAUGCCUUAGCCCUUCAGCCUCUGCCCUGGCAGCCCUGUCUGUGUACAAGACGCUUUCUGCCAUUGUGCUUUUACAUGGAAUCGGUGCUGGCGUCGGGGAGACUACAGCAGGGCCCUACACUUUUUGAACACCCCUGAAUCACUUGUCCCUUUUGGUAUAUGUUGCACUUGGGUACGGUUCAAGGAUUACCACACCCCCUCCAUUAAAUCCUUAACCGGAUUGUAAGUGGAGUAAACCUUUACAUCACUCCGCGUUUGGUGCAAACCCCCUCCCUCUUGGUCUCAUUCUGGCCCAGGAGCCACCUGUUUAUUUCGUGCAACUGUCCUGUUCCAUUAUUUCCGAUUUUGUGUGUGAGUGUGUGUGUGCUUGUAUAACCUUCACCAAAAACAUGCUGCCCUUGUUCCCUCACUGUUAACCCCGCCCCCACUAUGACAUCAAUGGGGAAUAUUUUCCAACCUGCUCUUUUACAACAUAUAAAACAACAACAAAAAUUUGACUAAAAAGUAUCUGUAUUUGUAUAUACAUGUGUCUGAGCAACUAUGAAUAAUUCAAUAAAACAAAGAUACAUUGCUUUCA